AUGUCGGGCCCGGGGCCUGGAAGAAAAAAAGGGAAUCAAUUCGAAUUGCUAGCGGAGCACCGAGAUUCAUUCCUUUUCGAACCCAGUGCUGCAAAGAAAAUGAAAAGUUCUUCGACCUCUAACUUCCCCUUACUCCCUAAUGUGUCCAACCUAAAGAACCCCAGAUUUAUCUUAAUUUCUCCUAAGGAUGAAAAAAAACAACCCCUUUCAGAAAUAAGUGUGUUCAUUCUCAACAAAGCUAUUGAUGGUGUUAGCAAGGAAUAUGAAAACAUCUCUCUACUCAGAGAUGGAAAUAUAUUAAUCCUAACAAAAUCACAGUCAAUUGCAGACAAAUUCCUUAAAAUAUCAAAUCUUGGCCAAGUCCCUGUUACGGUUACACUUCAUUCCAGUCUCAAUUCAUCGAAAGGCAUUGUGUAUGCACCUUGCCUAAUCAACAUAAAAGAAGAAGAAAUUGUGAAUGAACUGAAACAGCAAGGUGUAACAGAUGUGUAUAAAUUCCAAAAGAAAACCGAUAACGGAAUGCGUCCUUCGGGGCUAAUGCUGUUCACUUUUGAUCGAUAUAACUACCCUCCCACAAUCGAUAUUGCUUGGUAUAAAACUAAAGUGCAAGAGUACAUCCCAAAUCCGAUGAGAUGCAAAAAUUGCCAGAUUUUGGGACAUACAGCAAAAAGGUGCACAAAUAAAAAAAUAUGCGAAAUUUGCAGUCUCUUAGCUCAUGAAAACCUAGAAUGCACACAAAUCAAGUGUGCCAAUUGCAGCAAUGACCACGCAUCUUCAUCCAAAACCUGUCCUAAAUACCUUCAAAGUAAAGAGAUCCUAACAAUAAAAACUAGAAAUAAGUGCAGCAUGGGAGAAGCCAAGCGCAUUUAUGGACAGCAAAACUUAAUUCAAUCAAAUUUAAAUUCCCAAACCUAUGCAUCCAGAGCUAGAGAAGCUCAAAAUAUCCAGGAGAAAAAUAUCCCUAGCAAAAAUCUAUCCAACUCAACAAAAAACAAAAACAUGGAAAAAGAUAUUCAAAUAACAUCCACAUCAACAAACAAUAGCAAAACAACCCCCAUUACAACCAACUCAAUCACAAAACCUAAAAUAACUUCCGAAUCUCAACCCAACUCAGAAAAUGCCACAAAGGCAACAACAGACUCUAUCAUUCCAAAAAUUCCACAUCGUCCACUUCCUCCUAGACCAGACACUCACAACAAAAACCCACAACAUACUUCACACAACCAAUCAUCUCAACUUUCAACAACCACAUAUAAUUCCCCGAUAUCAAAAAUUACAAAUACCGAAAUAGAAAACAAAACAUACUUCAUGUCCACAUCUGAUAAUGAUGACAAUGAAUAA